GAUUUAAGGGAGGACGUGAUUGGUAAUUUUCAUCCUUUUUUUCCCUUCCUCCUUUGUGUGACGUGAAGAAGUGAUCAUCGGGCUUCGACUUCCAAAGAGUCGUCCCUCCACGAGUGGCGCGAACCUGAGGAGCUGCGAGCUGACGACGCGUCCAGGAUGGUCUGGUAGAGGAGAACGGGCAACCCCCUCGUUCGAUAGCGCGAGAAAUGGCGUGCGGCAUAUCGGUCGACGCGGCCGCCACGAGCACGGUGCUUCUCCUGCUGGUACUGCUUCAGGCGGCACUAGUCUGGGAAGAAACUCACGGCGCUCCAGCGAAGAAGAGCGACAUAGUUGCCGGUACAGAAUUCCUCUCAGUCUUCAUAAACGGCGCUAUGGCGACGCCGCCGCAACGACGUCGGGGCUUCCGACCGCGUGUUGGUCAACACGCGGCUGCGACAGCGGGUGACAGCGCGACCGCCGAAUCGCACCAACACGAGGCUUCGAUCUAUCGAAUAUCUCGGAACCCAGGCAGUCGACCGAUUUCAGUGUCGAGGCCACAAACGAGCGGUCGCGACGAGAUCGUUCGUUUCUAUCCUAUAAAUCAAAAAACGUUGGAAAACCAGCAACAAAAUCUAGCGUCGUUAAUCGACGACUUGAGCACGCCGGGCGACAUAAGUUCGACGCACCUGACGCCUUCGAGCGCGGUAACAACGACGAUGACGAGCGCGCCGACGUCGAUCUAUCAAGCUCGAACAAUCUCAAGGUCGAACGGGAUCAACGGAACUAUUGGCAGAGGUAUCAGCCGGCAGAAGGUGAUCGGUGUCAGCGUCACAUCCACGGUUGAGGCCACGCCGUACAAAGUACGUGUCGAGCAUUACGACAGCGCUGACGCCGUGGUAGUUACGCGACCACCAAGUUUGGACUCUACGGUGAGUAGAGAAGUUCCUAAAGAAUCAACCAAGGAAUCAAUUAAAAGUUUGACGAGUACCAGCAGACCGUCGACGUCACUAUCGUCCACAAUGACGACAACGACGACCACAAUUACGACGACUACAAUGACGCCACCACCGCCGGGUCGAUUCGUUACCGAGGAGCUUAGCAAUAUCGUUUCGGAAUCAAACAGGAGCGAAUUCUCCGUUGAUGAGGACUCACCAAGAACGAGUUGGCGCGGCCGCGUAACCAUGACACCACGAAUUGAGAACAAUCAUCAGGAUGAAGAAAUCAAUGAGGCUGGACGGAUCAUCGAUGUCGACGCGAUUACUCUACCGACGGAAGAGAAUUACGAGCUACCCGUAGAGAAUUCGGAACGACGAGAGUUGAAUGAGGAAUUGUCGGAGAUGUCAACGGAUCGGCUUCAAGGACGCAAGAUGGGACGUCACUAUGACGCGUCGCUCUAUAACCGAUCGGGCCCGAAGGCGUACAGCCAAUCAUCAAAAGCGUACAAACCUUCGCGAACCUAUAAUGAGCCGCCUAAAGUAUAUAGCGAGCCGGCCAAAAUGUAUGGUGAACCCGAACGUAUGUAUGGAGAACCGGCUAAAGUGUACAGCGAGCCGGCUAAAAUCUAUAGCGAACCAGCCAAGGUUUACAGCGAGCCUGCCAAGAUUUAUAGCGAGCCGGCCAAAGUCUAUGGCGAGCCGGAAAAAAUCUAUUCCGAACCAUCCAAGAUCUAUUCGGAACCAGCUAAAGUCUACUCCGAGCCAGCCAAAAUCUAUUCGCAGCCGGCUAAAGUAUAUGGCGAGCCCAGCAAGGUGUACGACUCCGAGGGCCAACCAGUGGAUCGUCAAGAAAGCGUUGAGCCCCACGAGCAGAAUUAUGAAAUCGAUGAGUCGGUCAGCGUCGGCAGCAACGGCAAUGUCCACGGGCCGCAAUUGGUUGUCACGGAGGAAACCCCAGGUGCGACGGAAGACGGUCACAAGGUCGGCUACGUAGUGGAGGGCAGAAACUAUAGGAAGUACAGGGUCGAGGAGAGAACGCCGGACGGCUUUAUCGUGGGCGAGUAUGGCGUCGUCAGUCACGACGACGGUUCUUUGCGCGGCGUCAGAUAUACCGCUGAUGGUACCAUCAAUCCCCAACUCAUCUACGACGCCCUGAUGAAGUUCCUCGCAUUGUGAACGCCGUGAUAACGAAAAAAGUGAAAGGAAGAAAGACGAAUCGACGAAUCGUUGCGAGACACCAAGGGAGAUCACGCAACGUUGCUGGGCUCAUUUCUUCACCUAUAAUUCAUGUUAUGUUUCAAAAAUCAAGACUAAUUCGAUUUGCUGCAACCCACGCGAUAUUUUUACUACAGUUGUCUGUUAGAUAAUGGUCUAGUCUAGGCCAUUCAAUGUCAGCUAAUAAUGGGUUAUGAAAACUACUAUUGUUUCCUUCUUCAGAAAGACUUGAUUCCGCAGCGACGGAUCGGCAAAUUGCGGAUUUCUUCGAGGUGGCUUCGGCAAUGUCGUCGAUGAGACAAACACGACUGAUACUUUUGCUCUUGCCAACUCAACUGCCUCAACAAUUAAUUUUAAGGACGAUUUAGGAUCUAAGGAAGAACUCACUCGACCAAGGCAACCUGCGCGCGCCACCGACCCGAGAACCGAAAGGUCGACCGGGACCGACGCACGAAAAAGUCAAAUCUCGAUGCUCAAUCAUUGCGAAACGCUGACAGAUGAAAGUUACUCUUUGGACGGCGAAAGUACAAACUUUUGUGUGCAAUGCCGCUCAAUGGCCUUUGAUGAUCGUAACAACCGAUCAAAGUGGUUGUCGAACAUUUUUUUUACUAGCUAAUAGCUACUCACAAGCACAUUUGAAGUGAGAACGCAACUACUCGCGGGCUAAAAAUAUAUUUCAGUGCAUAAGAAUCUCAUGUUUGUGUGCAUGACACGCAUCGACUUGGACGAUUUUUCAUUUUAAUGUAAUAUUGGUUACGUUCAACAGAAAAAGCAACUUUGCAAAAGCUGUUGUAAAAUUCUUCAAUGUGAUUGGUCUUAUUUUUAGUUCCCCCCCCUGAAUCUAAAUAUAUAAAUUAAUUAUAUUAAAAAAAUCUUACAAUACACACACACACCCCCACACAAUUGCAAAGCUGCUGUUUCUGUUUAAAAGAAAGUCAUUAACAGAAAG